AUCGGGCUGGGCGGGCGGAGGAGCUCCCGGUGCGGCGGGACGGGCGCUGCCGGUGCGGGGCAUGGGGCGCUGAGCCGGGCCUGGCCGGCGCUCCCGGUGCGCUCCGAGCGCCCCCGCUGCGCCCUCCCGCUGCUGUCCCGGUCGCCCCCCGUGCGGCCGCACGAUGCCCGAGCAGCUCAGCGUGGCCGAGUUCUUGGCCGUGACCGGCGAGGACCUCAGCUCCCCGGCCGCCGCCGCCUUCGCUUCCAAGAUGCAGAAGUGCCGGGGGGCGGUGGGGGCUCUGGAGGAGAGCCUGGACGGGGACCAAGCCGUGCUCCAGAGGAUCAGGAAAUAUGUGAAAGCCAUUCAUGUCUCUGGGCUGACCCACGUGGAGAACGAGGAGCAGUACAGCGAAGCCCUGGAGAACUUCGGCAAUAACCACCUCUCCCAGAACAACCACGAGCUCUCCACCGGCUUCCUCAACCUGGCCGUCUUCACCCGCGAGGUCACCGCGCUCUUCAAGAACCUGGUACAGAACCUGAACAACAUCGUCUCCUUCCCCCUGGACAGCCUGCUGAAGGGACAGCUGAGGGACAGCCGCCUGGACUCUAAGAAGCAGAUUGAAAAGGCCUGGAAGGAUUACGAGACCAAAGUGGGGAAGAUGGAGAAGGAGAAGGAGCGAGCCCGCUUGGCGGGGGUCAGCCCGGCCGAGCCGUCAGCGGUGGAGGUGGCCGAGGACACGCAGAAGGAGCGGCGGCUCUUCCAGCUCCACAUGUGCGAGUACCUGCUAAAAGCCAGCGAGUCACAGAUGAAGCAGGGACCAGAUUUCCUCCAGAGCCUCAUCAAGUUUUUCCAUGCUCAGCACAAUUUCUUCCAAGACGGCUGGAAGGCUGCCCAGAACCUCUACCCCUUCAUUGAGAAGCUCGCCGUGUCCCUCCACGCGCUCCACCAGGCGCAGGAGGAGGAGGUGAAGCAGCUCACGCAGACCCGCGAUUCCCUGCGCAGCAUCCUGCAGCUGGAGAGCAAGGAGGAAAACCUGAGCAGGAAGAACUCUGGCAGCGGCUACAGCAUCCACCAGCACCAAGGGAACAAGCAAUAUGGGACGGAGAAGUCAGGAUUUCUGUACAAGAAGAGCGAUGGGAUCCGCAAAGUGUGGCAGAAGAGGAAAUGUGGUGUGAAGUACGGCUAUCUGACCAUCUCCCAUAGCACGAUCAACCGUCCCCCUGUCAAACUGAACCUCCUCACCUGCCAAGUGCGACCUCACGCUGAGGAGAAGAAAUGCUUCGACCUGGUGACACACAACAGGACGUAUCACUUCCAAGCGGAGGACGAGCAGGAGUGCGUUGUGUGGGUCUCGGUGCUGCAGAACAGCAAGGACGAAGCCCUCAGCAACGCCUUCAAGGGGGAGCCCAACGGCGGCGGGGGGGCAGCAGGAGGGGGGGCAGAUGGCGGCGUGCAGGACCUGACCAGGGUGGUCAUCGGCGAGGUGAAGAACAUGCCGGGAAACAAGCAGUGUUGUGACUGCGGGGCCCCGGAUCCCACCUGGCUUUCCACCAACCUGGGCAUCCUGACGUGCAUCGAGUGCUCCGGCAUCCAUCGGGAGCUGGGCGUACAUUAUUCCCGCAUCCAGUCCCUCACCCUGGAUGUCCUCAGCACCUCCGAGCUGCUGCUGGCCGUCAGCGUGGGGAACAGCCGCUUCAACGAGAUCAUGGAGGCCACGCUGCCCGUGCCAGACUGUCCCAAGCCCUCGGCCAGCAGCAACAUGGCCGCCCGGAAGGAAUACAUCGUGGCCAAGUACAUGGAGCGACGCUACGUGCAGAAAAGCGGCCGUGACGACCCGCACUGUCUCUGGGACGCCAUCCGCACCCGCGACCUGCUGGCGCUGCUCCAGGCCUUUGCCGAAGGCCACGACCUGGCCAAGCCCCUGGCCAGCCCCGAGGGCCAGCAGGAGCCGAGCGAGCUGGCACUGCACAUGGCCGUGCGCCUUGCCGACAGGUUGUCCCUUCCUCUGGUGGACUUCAUCAUCCAGAACGGGGGGAUGCUGGACCGGGUGACACAGGACGGGAACACAGCUCUGCACUACGCUGCGCUCUACAACCAGCCCAACUGCCUCAAGCUGCUCCUGAAGGGCAAAGCCACUGUCACCACGGUGAACGCGGCGGGCGAGACAGCUCUGGACGUGGCCAGGAGACUGAAGCACAGCGAGUGUGAGGAGCUGCUGGAGCAGGCGCAGGCAGGGAGGCUCCCCCCGCAGAUCCACAUCGACUACGACUGGGAGCCCCCCCAGGAGUUCCCAUAUGACAGCGAGGAUGAGCUGGAGGAGAAGGUGAGCCCCCUCCAGCGGUCCUUCAAGGGGACGUCCCCGCUGGCCGCCAGCCCCCCCCCAGCCUGUCCCCAGACCCGCUGGAGCUGCGUGGGGGGGAUGGACAUCACCAACAAGACCUACGAGAGCAUCCUGGUGGCUUCGCGGCCCCCACCCCGCCGGGCCCACAGCGAGGAGAUCCCCCCCCCGCUGCCCCUCAAGAACCCCACACGGGGCAGCUCGCGCCCCAAACCCACCCACAGCCCCACUGAGCACCCCGAGCUCCCCCGGCAGGUGUCAGAGCCCCAUUUCCAGGGGCUGGGGGAGGCUCCAGCACCACGCAGCCCCCCCUCUGCCGACGGCACCCGCAGCCCCCCCGAGAGCCGACGGGCAGCAUAUUGGGAGACCCGCUCGGAGACGGAGAGCAGCAGCGCCCGGCGGGGGCCGGAGCUGAAUCCCUCCCCAGGGCAGCCCCCGCCGGGCAGCACGGCCCCCGACAUACCCCCCGUCAAGUUUGGCUCGGAGAGCACCCGCUCGUACCGGCGCAUCAGCAGCGCGGUGGGCAAAGCGGGGUCACCCGUGUCCCCCCAGAGCCCCAGUGGCCCUGAGGACCCUGCUCUGAGCAAGGUCCCCCCCGUGCCCAUGCCCAGGAGAUUUGCUCCGGCCAAGGGGAGGCAGAAGCGAGUGAAGGCGGUGGCCGACUGCAAGGGGGACAAGGCGCGGGAGCUGACCUUCUCCAAGGGGGAGGUGAUCGUGGUGACGCGGGAGGAGGACGAGCAGAGCUGGGUCGGCUUCAUCGAGGGUGACGGCUCCCGCACCGGUGUCUUCCCAGCCAGUUUCGUCCACCUCUUGCAAGACUGACGGGGUGGCAGUGUCCCCUCUUGUCCCCGUCCCCUCGUCCAGGACUCAAGGCAGCAUCCUGUCCCUUGUCAGGGACACACAGCGGGGACCCCGGUGUGGGACUGUGCAGCUCAGCUGGACACUGCCCUCCGGGGGGCUCAGAGACCUCCCCAUGGGAGGACUGUCCCUGGACUGAAAGGGUGCUGCCCCCCCACGGGUACGGCAGAGAAUGGACACACUCAUUACAGUGGUGGGCUGAGAUUUCUGUGCUGGUCCCCACUGUCCCCUGUUCCUGUCCCCUCUGUGGGCUCUGCCCAUCCCUGGGGCUUUCUUCUCCCUUGGGGAUGGGGGGGGCUGUGUUUGGUGCCCCCCACCCUCCUGUGCUGGGGUGCCAAGACCCCCACUGCAACCUGGGGGGAGUGGGGAGCAGCCGUGUAUCCCCCACUUCCUCCUGUACCCCAACUGUGAAGCGUUUGGGAUGGGCAGGGAUGAGGAAAGUGCUUUUGGUGACCUCGUCUUGGGGGGCUCCGGAAUGCUUCAAAGGCCCCCAAAACUGGGAACAAAAUGCCAUUCCCUGACAUCGGGGGGUUCAGGUGACCCCGUGUCCCUGGUCUGGGGUGGGUGCUGGAUCGCUGCCCCAGCCUGGGGGCUCCCUGGGGGAGAACGUUGCAGCUGUUUCUGGGACCAAUGUCACCCCGUGCCGGUGUCCCUGGGGAGCCGCCUGCCCCACAUCCCCUUGCCCCCGUUCGCCUCCUCCCGUUCUUGUUUGUGCGUUGAAUGUUUCAUCUCAAAAAACAGCCUCUUUUUCUACUUUUUUAAAUUUUUAAACAAUGUUUUCUGUCUCUGGUUUCUAAUAAAUCCAUCAUUUUGUAA